CACUGACCACAUUCGUCUGAUGCAAAUAAAGUAACCAUUUGAAAAAGGGGGAAAAAAAAAUCACCGUCUAUCUCUUCACUCUUUGUUCCCUUCUUCAAUCUUCUAUUCUUCUUCCUCUUCUUCCACUUCACUCUGGAAACCACCCCCAAAACUAGAAAGUAGAACAACUAAACCAAACAAUGUUACUCACCACACUCUCCACACUCACACUAACCAUUGCUACUCUCUUCACACUCUCUCCCCUUGCCACGUCACACUACUCUUCUUCCCAACAACCACCUUCCUCUCCCUCUUCUUCAACUUCCCUCUCCGAGUGGCGAUCCGCGCACGCCACCUACUACGCCGCUGCCGACCCUCGCGACGCUGUCGGCGGCGCGUGCGGCUACGGCGACCUCGUGAAAGCCGGCUACGGCAUGGCAACCGUUGGUCUCAGCGAGGCACUCUUUGAACGCGGCCAGAUCUGCGGCGCGUGCUUCGAGGUGAAGUGUGUGGAUGAUCUCAAGUGGUGUAUACCUGGAACUUCCAUUAUUGUAACCGCCACGAACUUCUGUGCGCCCAAUUACGGGUUUGAUAAUGAAGGUGGUGGACACUGUAACCCUCCAAAUAAGCAUUUUGUGCUUCCGAUUGAGGCCUUUGAGAAGAUCGCCAUUUGGAAGGCUGGCAACAUGCCGGUCCAGUAUAGAAGGAUACAAUGCAGAAGGGAAGGAGGAAUCCGGUUUACAGUAACUGGCUCUGGUAUCUUCCUUUCAGUGCUUAUCAGCAAUGUUGCUGGUCAUGGAGACAUAGUCGCCGUGAAGGUUAAGGGCUCCAGAACAGGUUGGCUCCCAAUGGGUCGGAAUUGGGGCCAGAACUGGCACAUAAAUGCGUUACUACAAAACCAACCUCUUUCCUUUGAGGUUACCGGUAGCGAUGGAAAAACAGUUACAUCCUACAAUGUUGCCCCCAAGGAUUGGAGCUUUGGACAAACCUUUGAAGGCAAGCAAUUUGAGCCCUAAGAAAAUGCAUCAAUGAAGAAGAAAACAUCUUUCGAGGGACCACUCUCAUUCCCAAUUUUUUACCAAUAUUUUAGGGAUAAGGUAGUUUUGUUUUACAGUUUAAUUUUUUUUUUUUCAAAACAACAAAGGCUUAAGCGUGUAAGUGCUGAGGCUCUUAUUGAGAUGUAUCAUCCUACCAACCUAUUUUACAAGGUGUCUUCAAUUUUACUUC